AUGGUACCAAAAGUUUCAAAUGAAUUCACAAGUAUUGGAUGUAAUAGAGUUCCACAAGUUGCAGCUUGGGGAAAAGAUGGAAUGGUUGCAUUUGGGGCUUAUAAUUAUGUGGCUUUAUAUUAUCCUGAGGAUCCAGAAUGCCGAGGUAUUAUUUCUACACUUACAGGACACAAAGAUCGAGUAAAUUGUGUUGAAUUUAUAUAUAGAGGGAAUGAAUUAAAUCAGAGAAAUGUCGCAAUAAUAUCUGGAUCAGUUGACAGAACUGCUAGAAUUUGGAAGCUAAAUAAAGAUCAAGAAUGGAUAAAUUCGGCAAUUUUAGAAUCUCAUGGAGGCUCGGUAAACACCCUUGGAGUAACUCGAGCAAAGUCAAUUAGUGUGGAUAAGGACCUAAUUGUAACUGGAUCUGCAGACGGUGCUAUUAAAGUUUGGGAAAGGAGUAUUUAUGAUGAUGUUCAUGAUUCAGUAAAAUGCUUACAAACAAUCAAUCUUGAAAAAAAGCAUCCUAUGGCCUUAGCUUUGUCGUAUUUACCAGAAUCAGAAAUCCCAAUAUUAGCAUGUGGAAGUACAGAUAAAAGGAUAUUAUUAUAUGUUCAAAAAGAUGGACUGUUUAUUCCAUCUCUAACACUUCAAGGACAUGAGAAUUGGAUUAGAUCACUAUCUUUUGCUACAUACACUGAAUUACCUUUAUCAAACAACACCAUCGUUUCAUCUGCAUCAGAUUCAACCAUUCAAGAACAAUAUAAAUUAAAAGAUGGCGAUUUAUUAUUAGCAAGCGCAUCACAAGAUAAAUAUGUAAGAUUGUGGAGAGUUUCUUAUAAUGGUGAGGUUGGCGGUUCUUUGGAUAGUGAGGAGAUUACAAACGGAAAAUCGAAGGAAAAAAAAA